AUGUCGAGUAUGUCGGUGAGAGACCCGGCCAUGGAUCGAUCGCUGCGUUCAGUGUUCGUGGGGAACAUUCCUUAUGAGGCCACCGAGGAGCAGUUAAAGGACAUUUUUUCGGAGGUUGGUUCCGUUGUCAGUUUCCGGCUCGUAUACGAUAGAGAGACGGGGAAACCCAAGGGUUAUGGCUUCUGCGAGUACCAAGACCAGGAGACCGCGCUCAGUGCCAUGCGGAACCUGAAUGGGCGGGAGUUCAGCGGCCGGGCGCUGCGGGUGGACAAUGCUGCCAGUGAAAAGGACAAGGAGGAGUUGAAGAGCUUGGGGCCCGUGGCGCCCAUCAUUGACUCACCCUAUGGGGACCCUAUCGAGCCGGAGGACGCCCCUGAGUCAAUUACCCGAGCAGUCGCUAGUCUCCCCCCGGAGCAGAUGUUGGAGCUGAUGAAGCAGAUGAAGCUCUGUGUCCAAAACAGCCCCCAGGAAGCGCGAACAAUGUUACUUCAGAACCCGCAACUGGCUUAUGCGCUGUUGCAGGUGCAAGUAGUGAUGAAAAUCAUAGACCCAGAGACUGCUCUGAAAAUUCUCCAUCGCAAGAUACACGUUACACCGCUGAUCGCAGGCAAAUCUCAGCGUGUGUCUGGUCCUGUCGCUGGCCUCGUCGGCCGGGCGCUGCGGGUGGACAAUGCUGCCAGUGAAAAGGACAAGGAGGAGUUGAAGAGCUUGGGGCCCGGAGCAGGCAUGCAAGGACCAGGUAUGCAGGGAGCAGGCAUGCAAGGACCAGGUAUGCAGGGAGCAGGCAUGCAAGGACCAGGUAUGCAGGGAGCAGGCAUGCAAGGACCAGGUAUGCAGGGAGCAGGCAUGCAAGGACCAGGUAUGCAGGGAGCAGGCAUGCAAGGACCAGGUAUGCAGGGAGCAGGCAUGCAAGGACCAGGUAUGCAGGGAGCAGGCAUGCAAGGACCAGGUAUGCAGGGAGCAGGCAUGCAAGGACCAGGUAUGCAGGGAGCAGGCAUGCAAGGACCAGGUAUGCAGGGAGCAGGCAUGCAAGGACCAGGUAUGCAGGGAGCAGGCAUGCAAGGACCAGGUAUGCAGGGAGCAGGCAUGCAAGGACCAGGUAUGCAGGGAGCAGGCAUGCAAGGACCAGGUAUGCAGGGAGCAGGCAUGCAAGGACCAGGUAUGCAGGGAGCAGGCAUGCAAGGACCAGGUAUGCAGGGAGCAGGCAUGCAAGGACCAGGUAUGCAGGGAGCAGGCAUGCAAGGACCAGGUAUGCAGGGAGCAGGCAUGCAAGGACCAGGUAUGCAGGGAGCAGGCAUGCAAGGACCAGGUAUGCAGGGAGCAGGCAUGCAAGGACCAGGUAUGCAGGGAGGAGGCAUGCAAGGGGCAGGCAUGCAGGGAACAGGCGUACAGGGGGCAAGCAAGCAAAGUGGAGGCCAGCCUAGCAGUUUUAGUCCAGGGCAGAGCCAAGUAACUCCACAGGAUCAAGAAAAGGCAGCUUUGAUCAUGCAGGUUCUUCAACUGACUGCAGAUCAAAUUGCCAUGCUGCCUCCUGAGCAAAGGCAGAGUAUCCUGAUUUUAAAGGAACAAAUCCAGAAGUCUACUGGAGGUUCUUGAAAUACUUCAUAGUAAUCCCAGAAAGUUUUUUUUUCUUUUUCUUUUUUUUUCUUCUUUUUCUUCUUAGCAUGGAGAAUGGGUGCAAAAAGCUGACUACUGCAUCCCCACAGUUGAAUGAUUAGGGCAGAACCUAAUCUCUUUUGUUGUUCUUGUCUUCCCUGCCCCCUCCGUUUUCCUUUUUAUUUUUAAUCGGGAGGGGGAGGCAUGGGUCUGUUCACUUUAAUUCACUGUAAAUAUACAAAAAUAACUCUGAAAGGGAUACUAUACCAAAUAAAAUUACAAAUAAUAUGCAGCAAUACUAAAAGUGUGUACAAUAUGUUAACUUCUUUUAAAAACAAUAUUAAAUAAAACAAUGUGAAAUCUUUACA